CAAUCAAAUAGUUCCUAGUUUCAUCAUAUAAGAAGAACUUAUACCCUCUUCUCAAACAAGAGAUUCAACAGAAUCAUAGAGAACUAGCAUUUUUAACUUCAGGAGCACCUAGAAGUUCUGAGAACCAAUGGACCACUAGCUGGUGGGAGCAAUUCAUGGUUCUUCUUAAGAGGGGUUUAACGGAAAGGAGGCAUGAAUCUUAUUUGGGCUUAAGGAUUUUCCAAGUCUUGUCUGUCUCAAUUCUCUCAGGACUUCUAUGGUGGCAUUCUGAUCCCUCACAUAUACACGAUCAGGUAGGCCUGCUAUUCUUCUUCUCCAUCUUCUGGGGUUCUACCCUCUCUUCAAUGCCGUCUUCGCUUUUCCAUUGGAACGACCAAUGCUGAUGAAAGAAAGAUCAUCAGGCAUCUACCAUCUCUCCUCCUACUAUGUAGCCAGGAUGGUAGGGGACUUACCAAUGGAAUUUGUGCUUCCCACCAUCUUUGUAGCCAUCUCUUAUUGGAUGGGUGGACUCAAGCCAUCGUUGGUUACAUUUGUGUUAACCCUCUUGAUCAUGCUUUUCAAUGUGCUGGUCUCUCAAGGAAUAGGCCUUGUGUUAGGAAUGAAGGGAAUAAUGGUGGACCUAGUGGAACGAUGGAACCAAAUGAUUCCUUACUCAAUCAUGAGGUGGGCCCUAGAGAAUGGAAGGUAUAUUCUAGAAGGGGGAAAAGAGUCACAAAGGGGUAGCUGUACUCUGGUGACGUGUGGAGAGAGAGAUGAGCUAGUAACUAAUUUCCCUUGUUAUAAGGAGUGAGAAUGAGGGAGAGAAGGGGGGAAUCUAGUGAAUUGAUAGAAUGGUUAGGCAGCAAUAGCUGGCCUAUAGGAGCCACUGCUCUGUGUCAGAUUUAGGGAUUUCAUUCCUCUUAUUCUGUUAAAUCUCCAUUGUCAUUAUAAUAAAGCUCAUUUAUACAGUAUUACUGUUUCAUUCUUUUACUUUCUGCUGGUUGUGUUUUCUGGUUCCUAACAAUUUGGUCCGACCUGCCGGAUUCGUUAACAGGACCAGUGAAUGCCACCAAAACAAAACCCACUCACACUGAUCAGAAGAAUGGAUGCUAGAGUCGCAUCGUUAGAAGAAGAAAUCGCGAGAGUCAAAACCACGCUGUCAUCCAUGGAAAGAAACCAAGCUCUUCUCAUCUCAAUGAUGGAGAAGAGCCUUGGGAAAUCCAUACUCACGGAGGAAGAGGGCGAAGAUGGGGACGGAGGUCCGGCGGAGUCAGGCGGAGACGGGUCGGGGAAGAAGACAGCGAGUUCUGCUUCGCGAAAGAUGCCGAGCGACGUGAUUUCUGAGUUUCGACAAUCGGCGAAGAAGGUGGAGCUACCUAUGUUUGAUGGAGAGGAUCCGACUGGAUGGAUCUCUCGAGCAGAAGUGUACUUUCGGGUGCAGGACACUACUUCGGCCGUGAAGGUAGAUCUGGCCCAGUUGUGUAUGGAGGGGCCAACUAUACAUUUCUUCAAUUCCUUACUCAAUGAGGAAGAAGAACUGACCUGGGAGCGAUUGAAGGGAGCGUUGGUGGAGAGAUAUGGAGGCCAUGGUGAAGGAGAUGUGUAUGAACAGCUGACAGCCCUCCGGCAAGUGGGGACGGUGGAUGAGUAUAUCACCGAGUUUGAGUAUCUCACAGCUCAAAUUCCUCCAUUACCGGACAAACAAUUUUCCGGUUACUUUUUACACGGGUUGAAGGCGGGGAAAGUGAGGAGUUUAUCGGCGGUGGGAAAUUUGAGUCGAGGGAAAUUGCUACAGGUGACAAGGGUGGUGGAACGAGAGGUUAGGGGUGAUGCUGGAACGGGUAUUAGUAAACACCCCAAAUCGAGUCAUGGGUCAUCCAAACCCGGGUUUGGUGGGUCCAGUAAGGGAGGUGGAGCUGACUGGGUGAUGGUCAAAGGGAAGGAGAAUGGGCCUAGUGGAGGUAGUAAGGGAGGUGGUUUUGGGCCCAGAAGUGAAAAAGGAAGAAACGGCCCACGUGAUAGAGGUUUCUCUCAUUUAUCUUACAAUGAGUUGCUUGAGAGGAAACAAAAGGGGCUGUGUUUCAAAUGUGGGGGUCCUUUUCACCCAAAACAUCAAUGCCCUGAUAAACACUUGAGGGUUUUGAUAACAGAGGAGGAGGAAACAGAGGAAGGAGGAAGAAAACUAUUGGCAGUAGAAGUGGAAGAUGAAGAAGGGGGGUCUGAAGGAGAGAUGAGCAUAUUGAGCUUACUCCAAUUGGGCCAGUUGGGCACUGAUAAGCCUCAGUCUAUCCAGUUGAAAGGUGCAGUGAAUGGGGUGCCAGUAGUAAUUUUGGUGGACAGUGGGGCUACCCACAACUUUAUUGAUAAAAGAUUGGUGCAAAAAAUGAGCUGGGCUGUGGACAAUUCAACUUCUAUGUGUAUCAAGUUGGGAGAUGGGACUAAGGCCCAAUCCAUAGGGGUCUGUCCAGACUUGGGCGUUGAGGUAGGAGAGGUGCAGUUAGCAAUACGAGCCCAUUUGUUUGAUUUGGGUGGUGUAGAUAUUGUUUUGGGGGUGGAUUGGUUGAGAACCUUGGGAGAUAUUAUUAUGAAUUGGAACAAGCACACCAUGAGUUUUUGGCAUAACAAAAAAUGGGUGACUCUUCAAGGGUUGAAUGAUAACAUGGAAACCUUGAAUAGUAUUGUGGGAGGCACCAACAGAGGAGGAAAAGGGUGGAUGUAGAGUAUAGAGAAGAAGAGGGGUGAUGAGAAUGAUCUCAAUAUUGGGCAACAAAAGGAGUUGGAGGGGUUGUUGUCUAAA